AUGUUAAGACAACUAUUUAAACAAGAAUUAGUAUUUAUACGGCCAUAUACAACAAAGGCCAAACGUAGUUUACUUAAGCAGGAUGAGUCCAAAGUGCCAGUAUUGGAUAGAAAACCUUCCGAUCAGCAUAAGUUACGUGUCUAUGGCUGGGGCUAUCAGGAGACCGGUGCAUUGGGUAAUAUUAUAAAUAUUAAAAAGGCCCAGGAACGUUACACUGCCAUGGUACAUCAUCCAACCCGUAUGCAAUUUUCCGUUAACAAUGAAGUUUUGGAUAUGACUGCCGGUUAUGGAUUUUCCGCUUUUGCUGUUAAUCGAUCGGAUGGUGAGACCUUGUUUGGCACCGGCUUAAAUACCGACUCACAAUUGGGUAUGCAAAUGAAAGGGCAUCCCAAAGAUCCACAAAAUCUCGAUGUAAUCAUUUAUCCAACCCCCAUAAAAUUACCCCGCAUUGAAGGUGAAACCGAUGAGGAUAUGAUGAUACGUUCUAUGUCAGCGGGUCGUGCCCAUUUGGUGGUGGUUACAAAAAAUGGCACCAUCUUUACCAUGGGUAACAAUUCAUAUGGGCAAUGUUGUAGAGAAAUUAUCGAAGAUGAACAAUAUCGAGGAAGUACGCUGAUACACCGUCUAUCGGAAAAAGAUAUUUGUGGCGAGACGGAUACAAUCGUAAAUGUUGUAUGUGGCCAGGAUCAUACAAUGUUUUUGACAAAAUUGGGCCAUGUAUAUACCUGUGGUUGGGGAGCCGAUGGCCAAACCGGUCAGGGACAUUAUAUGACAAAUGGUCGGAUUUCACAAGCCCUUGGUGAUAUAUCACGUGAACAUAUUGUAAAGUUAAGCUGUGCCUCCGAUUGCGUGCUAGCCCUAAACGAUAAAGGUGAAGUUUUCGGUUGGGGUAAUUCCGAAUAUGGUCAACUAGAUGAUUCCGAAGAUGCUGAAAGUCAAAUAAAUUCCCCGCGUCAUUUGUCACUGACCAAAGGAAUUGGUAAAUUUAAAGAUAUUGCUGCGGGUGGUUCAUUUUGUAUGGUCCUCAAUGAAGAGGGUUUGGUCUAUACCUGGGGGUUUGGUAUUUUAGGUUUCGGACCCUAUGUCGAACAAUCCUCAAAACCGCAACAUCUUUUGCCAGCAUUAUUUGGUCGUAAUGAUUUCAGUGAAACCACCUAUGUUACCUCAAUCGGCUGUGGUGUAUUCCAUAUGGGUGCAAUUAAUUCCGAUGGUGAUCUAUUUAUGUGGGGUAAAAAUCGUUGUGGCCAUUUAGGGCUGGGCCAUAAACAAGAUCAAUUUUUCCCUCUAAAAACGGCGGUAAAUGGAAAAGUUACCAAAGUUGCAUUUGGUGUCGAUCAUACUUUGGCCAUGUGUAAACCUUUUAUGUGA